ACAUUUAAGGAUAAUGGAAAGGGUUUGCGAUCGAGAUUCGGAGAUGGCUUUAUGACAUUUCUUUUUUUUGCCGCGUCCUGAUUGGACAAGUUGUGUACCGAGUUUUAUGGACCGUUCAAUGAUGAUGAUGAUGAUGAUGAUGUUUCCUUUUCCUCUUCUGCCGUGCUUCACAAGCCUGUGUUACUGUAGAACGACUGGGCAACCACUGCUCACUUUGCAGAGUCAGAGUCGUAUUAAUAUGCAUCCCAUGUAUUUCCUUCUGCGCAGUCAUGGCCAUGGUCAUGGUAUUCUUCGCGGAUGUCGAAAAUCCUCACCCGAGCGUCUGCAGCUAUAUAAAGUAAUAGUUGUGGUCUGUUCGUAUGAAUUGGUAGUUCAGACGCAGGAGCACCAAGGAUGCCGUAGGAGCUACUUAAGCUUCUUUGCAGCUGUGCAUAUGUCCUCAGGACGGUAACCGUUGACACGAGCACUGGUCGAGACGCCAUGAUAAUGGCUGCGAAUAUUGUUUGUUACAAUACACGCUGCAUCUCACCUCGAAGCUGAAGAGACGCGAUGCCACCGCUCA